CAGGCUUUCCUCGUUGCCUCCUCUCCCCCCCUCCUCUCUUGAAUGGUUUGUUUCGUGUUGAUGAUUGACGAUUAGUGAACGCUCCGAGGGUUUCUGAUUCGAGCGAGGAAUUGUUAGUGAAGGAACAAAAUAAUCGAGGAGGACGAUAAGAAGAGCAGAUGUCCGCUCGCCCCCAGUUCACCAUUACUCUAGGCCGAAGCGGUCAGGUUGUCAAGAGAGCAAGACCUAUAGUUGAUGGUAGUCAUUCUGUUGAUGACAUGCCUUCCUUAGGAGGCAAAAGGUCGGUGAGAGAAAGGUUGGAAAGUAACACGGCCAAUUACAAUUCUUAUAGAAGGCAGUACGAAAACAAACGUCAAAGGACUGACGGCCAUGAUUCAAGAUUCAUUGAUAAGAAUAUGAGGGACAAACAAAUCAAAACUGAUCAUCGGGUUGGAAGAGAUGAUCUGAGAUGGAAACUUAUGAAGAAAAGCUUAUCUCGAAGAAAUCUUGAUGCUGAAGGACAACGUGAUGUCGACCUACGUGAAAAACUCUCUCGAAAUGUACAGGCUUCUAGCAGAUCUGAUUCCCGACAUGUAACAGAAUCAAGUGCCUCUGGCCUUGGAAGGAGAAUACCUUCCACAAGAAGUGCAGAUGAUUUACUGGAAUUGGAUUCACAUAGAAAGUCUUACUCUUGGACAUCUGACCGGCAGAGGCUUGGUUCUCCGGAUAGGUUUAUCAGCACUCAAAGGCACAUGCCUCCUUCUAGAAGAUAUGAGGAGCUGCGGCAUGCAUCUGCUAUAAGAUCUAUAGAUGCUUCUAGACCCUCUAGUUUUCUGACAAAUAGUGGGAUAGGUGAUGCUUCCAGAUCUCUUAAUUUUAUGGCGAAGGACAUGAGUGUGAAUGCAAAUCCGGUUGUUCGAGCUCCUGCACCAGGGAUUAUUGAGCCAAGAAGUGUCCUUAAGCCUGAGGAACCUCUUACAGUUGCUAGCUUGCUACAUUCAUUAGGGCUUGGAAAAUAUGCCAUACUCUUUCAGGCAGAAGAGGUUGACAUGACUGCAUUAAGGCAGAUGGGAGACAGUGACCUAAAAGAAUUGGGAAUCCCCAUGGGCCCUAGGAAGAUCCUUCUUGCAGCUUUAUCUCAUGCGAGACAGCGGCAACGGUGAGAAGACCAAGCCUUAGUUGUUUUUGUGCCGCAUGUUGGGGCCAUUGAUUAUAUUAAACCUUAGGAUCUUAUCCUCCGUCAAUGCUUAUU